CCAUCCGACCACCACCCAACCACCCGACCGCCGCACCGCACCGCUGCUGCAGCCGCCUCCGCCAUGCCCUCGCCGCCCGUCUCAAACACCGUCACCGAAAAGCUCGAGCAGCAGAAGGAGUUCGAGCAAGCCAACUCGGAGCAUGCUGUGUCCAUCAGUCUCCUGAACGAGACCCUCAAGGCCACCCCGAACCCAAUCGGUCUUUCGACUGCCGACCUCGUGAACGUGCUCUACAUCGCCCUGAACAUCGUCUCGUCCGUCGGCAUCGUCAUGACCAACAAAUGGGUCUUCAAGGGCCUGAAGUUCGAGUUCGGCACCCUCCUGACGGUCGUCCACUUCGUCGUGACCUUCAUUGGUCUCGAGAUUUGCGCCAUGUUUAAAGUCUUUGAGCGGAAGCGCAUCCCCAUCGCCAAGAUGAUUCCCAUUUCGGCCUGCUUCUGUGGCUUCGUCGUCCUGACCAACCUGAGUCUGCAGCACAAUACCGUCGGUUUCUAUCAGAUCAGCAAGGUUUUGACGACUCCCUGCGUGGUUCUGAUCCAAACUAUCUUCUACAACAUGAAGUUUUCGACGGUAAUCAAGCUGGCUGUCAUCGUCACCUGCGUUGGCGUUGUCAUUACCAGCUUCACCGACGUCGAAGUCAACUUCAUCGGCACGGUCUACGCCAUGACUGGUGUUGUUGUCACCAGUCUCUACCAGAUCCUGAUCGGCACCAAGCAGAGAGAACUUGAAGUCAAUUCGAUGCAGCUCCUCUACUACCAGGCCCCUCUCUCGGCCCUGAUGCUGCUCCUUGCAGUGCCCUUUCUCGAUGACAUGCACAAGCUGCGUGCCUAUUCCAUGAGCAUCGAGGCGCUCUCCAUGAUCCUCCUCUCGGGCUUCAUGGCUUUCUUUGUGAACCUCUCGAUUUUCCUGGUCAUUGGCAAGACCAGCGCCGUUGCUUACAACAUGGUUGGCCACUUCAAGACGUGCAUUAUCCUCAUCACUGGCUUUACAGUCUUUGGCCAAGCCGUGGACCUCAAGAACAUUUUUGGUAUCCUCGUCACCCUGUCGGGUGUGUUCUGGUACUCGCACAUCAGCCUCAAGAACCGAAAGUGAAGAUGCCCCCCUCCCAGCCGCGCGGGUUGUGAGCUUCCCAGGGUCGGCAGCUCAGUGUGUGUGGUCGUGGUUCAAUUGCUGCCUCAAGGCUGCCGCCUGACGAAUGAAUGCGAAGACGGGGAGACUUGCUUUACGGCGUUCCCAAGUGAAACGGAUCACUGUGUUCGGUUUACUGCCCACUUAUGGCAUGUCCAGAACGAAACUGGAUACCCUGUUUCGAGCCAGGGCUGUAGCCUUUCUCCGGAUCCUGAAUACACUCCCAUCCAUCGCCCGUCCUGGCUCAGUGUGCCUGGAGGUCGAACAGCUCAUUCGAUCAGACUAUCUUGGUGCCAAGAAACCGAUUCUUUGCACAGAACCACCCAAGCAGACAUCGCACUGAUAACGGACACUCUUCUCUCAAU